UCAUGCUUCUCAUCCUUUAGUCAUCAGCGUAAAAUGUCUCAUACCAUCAAACAAAUAAAUGCGGAUUUUGAGUCUAUGAACAAAAGGGCAACCGAUCUUGGCCUCCAAAGAAUACUUUUUAAAGCACCUGCUCAUGUUCAUGCUUCCUCUGAUCAGACUGGUCCAUUCUUCAUUGGAAGAGAUGAUGAUGUGUCUAAACUAGUUUACACGCUCACCCAUCUCCCAGAAGAUCGGAUUUUCUUCAUGGUUGCUCUUGUGGGAAUGGGGGGUAUGGGGAAGACUACGUUGGCUAGGAAAGUCUUUAAUGACGAAAGGGUAAAGAAUCAAUUUGGAUCGCUUAUAUGGGUUAAUGUUUCUCAAACUUUUGAUCCAAUAAGUAUUUUCAGCAAAAUACUAUUAAGUUUGACGACUAGUGAUGGAGUUGAUAGUAAAGAAGAUAUCUUGAAAAAUCUUCAUGAAGCUCUCAAGUCUAAAACUUAUCUUCUUGUACUUGAUGAUGUCUGGAAUGAAGAUAUUCCUACGUGGGAAGACUUCCUAAAUUCCAUUGUAGGAGUUACUUCUAGUGAGGGAAAUGGCAUUAUCAUUACUACCAGGAGCCAAAAGGUUGCUUCAAUUGUGGAUCCAUUUGAAGUUCAAAUUUUAAAUGAAUUAUCAGAUGAUGAUUGUUGGUCCAUAAUCAAAGCAAGAACUUUUGAUAGAAAUGAAGAAGCCCCGUUGGAAUUUGAGACGAUUGGAAGAAAGAUCGCAAAAGGAUGCCAUGGUUUGCCCUUAGCUGCCAAUGUUGUCGGGAAUGUGCUUAAUCGUAAGUCUAAAGAAGAGUGGCGCUUCAUCAGUGAAAGUUGGCUUUCAGAUGAUAAAAACGAUUUCAAUAUCACAAAAAUACUGAGAAUGAGCUAUGAUCAGUUGUCUUCACCAUCACUCAAGGAGUGCUUCGCAUAUUGUUCGGUUUUCCCCGAAGGUCGGGAUAUCCCCAAGCAGGAGCUUAUUGAGCUAUGGAUGGCAGAAGGGUUUUUUCAACCAAACCGAAUAGAUGAUAUGGAGUCUGUGGGCAAUAUGUUUUUGAAUAUACUUCUGCAGGGGUCUUUAUUGCAAGUUGCAGAGAAAGAUGAUCAUGGAAAUAUUUCGAGUUUUGUGAUGCACGAGCUUGUGCGUGAUCUUGCAUCCUCUGUUUUAUCUAAUAAUUUAGAUGAAAGUACCCGAAUGCGUUACAUGUUUCUCAAAGAAGAAUCAAGUCCUAUUUCUAAGGAAAGGGCCCAGCAUUUGCGUAUACUAGAAUGUGAAAAAUCUGAUACCAUGUUCUCAGACUUUAAAUGUCUGCAUAAUCUAACUCUUUCUGGGGAUCAUUAUAAGGAGUUGCCAAAUUCAAUUAGGGAGCUUAUAAGUUUGCGAAGGCUUAAUAUUUCAAAUACAAGAAUUGGAUAUUUGCCGGAGUGGAUUGAUAAACUCCAUUACUUGCAAACAUUAAGAGUAUGUAAGUCUCCUUUGGAGAGACCGAUACUGCCAAGUACGUUGUCAUACUUGUGGAACUUAAGGCAUCUUUAUAUUACGUGGAACACAGAGUUGCCAGCGGAUAUUGGGAGAUUAACUUGUCUCCGAACACUCACACACUUUAGAGUGGGCAAAGACAAAGGCUAUCGAAUUGAAGAACUCGGAAGUUUGAAGCAUCUCAAAGGAAAGCUAGAGAUUAGUAAUCUAGAGAAGGUGUGUGAUAAGAAAGAGGCUCUGAAAGCAAAUAUAUUUGAGAAGUCAAACCUAUCUGAAUUGGUGUUAAAAUGGGAGGUGGGCAGAGAAGGUGAAAGAAAUGACGAGGCUGUGUUGGAAGGCCUCCAGCCUCAUUCAAAUGAAACUCUGAACAAGUUGACGAUUUCAGGAUUCCAAGGCAAAAGAUUUCCAUCAUGGACUGAAAAUGAGGCUGUUGGAAGGCUCGAAGGGUUGAUUGAGAUCACACUUAGUAGCUGCCAACAAUGUAAAGAAAUCCCGGCACUGGGACACUUGCCAAAUCUCAAAUUUCUUAGUUUGAGCAUGUUGAGCAAUGUGAGGUCUAUAAAUCCUUCAUUCUACGGGACUGGCAGUAGUGACAGAGUCAUUUUUCCAGCACUUGAAAGUAUCUCACUGUUAAAUAUGGCCGAGCUGAGCGAGUGGACACAAAUAGAAUUCACCAAUGCAGUGAUCUUUCCUCGCCUUCAAUCCCUAAAGAUGCACCACUGCGACAAAUUGGAAUUGAUUCCAAUCUGGUUAUUCCAUAACACUGAUAGUCUGUGGGAGUUGGAUAUAAGGCAUUGCCCCAAGUUGAGAAAAGUACCAAAUGGUGUACAAUUUUCUAAUGAAGGUAAUGUAAUUCCUGGCCUUCAAUCCUUGAAGGUGUACCACUGCUACGGAUUGGAAUGUGUCCCAAAUAUAUUAUUCCAUAACACCCAUAGUCUCUCUGAGUUGGAUAUAAGGCAUUGCCCUAUGAUGAGAAAGUUAUCAGAUGGUUUACACGGUAUGGAUGAGCAAGAAAUAGAACUUGCCAAUGAUGUUAAGGUAUUUCCUGCCCUUAAAUCCUUGAAGAUGCACCACUGCUACAAAUUGGAAAGUCUCCCAGACUGCUUAUUCUGUAACACUCAUAGUCUCUCGGAGUUGGAUAUAAGGCAUUGUCCCAUGUUGAAAGAAUUGCCUGCGAUUGGUCAACACGCUCUCGAUUCUCUGGAGCAGAUGACUAUAAGAGGCUGUAGAAAUCUGAAGUCCAUAGCGCAUCCGAGUUCAAUUCCCUCCUACGCCUCCAUAGUUUGGAGAUUCGUGAUUGCCAAGAGCUGGUGGAAAUGGUGGAGCCAUUAGCACCUUUGCUCGAGAAAGCGUGUUUGGUGGGACUACAGAGCCUUGAGAAUCUACCCAAGUUUCUUGAUUGCUUGGCAGAAUCACCCUUGCUAAAAGAACUGAGUGUUGUUGGUGUCCCUGAAUUGGCCUCGCCCACUUGUAGUGUGGAGAAUUGGCCUUUUACCAGCUUGAUAAAAUUGGAGAUCGAUGUUAGCAGGAAGUGGUCAGAAGAGAAUAAUGAAGCUAUCAAAGUGAGAGUUGAUCGCAUAUUGAAAAACUGCAACUCUUCACUUGGUGAGCUGGCUUUGACAGGGCUAGAAAUGUGGAAAUGUUUUCCUGAAUCGCUCCGGCAUCUCACUGCUCUCAAUAGUUUAGAGCUGGCGAAUUUUGGAGUAGAAGCAUUGCCUGAAUGCUUUGGAAAGCUCUCAUCUCUAACAAGACUGAGCCUAUCUAAUUGUAAAAACUUAAAGGGUCUUCCCUCGAUGCAGCGCCUCACCAAGUUUAAGGAAUUGCGCAUUACUGAUUGUCCAAAAUUACGCAUUGAAUCUGAGAAGCACAAGUUGUCGAGUAAAACCCUCAUCUUCAUUAACGGUCACCAACUUUAGAUCUGUUGCUCAAUUGGAUUGGAUCGUUGAUUACCAGGAUUUGCAUUCCUAUAAUAUUGUGUAGAGUGAAGAGGAGAAAGGAUGAACACCCACAUGGUCUAUACGUUUUGUUUUUUGUAUUUCUACGGGGAAGUUGUCUACUUGGAGCCACAGUACAUAACAAUGAUCUACUUGCUGGAGAGAGUUGAUCUCUUGAUUCAUCUUAAUUGGAGAAGGGAACCAUUCAAAGUACCAAACUAGCUCCCAAACCGCUGAUAGUGAGCUUUAGAGCAUCCACAUACAUGCUCUUUGCCAAGACCAUGAAUGUGGGCCUAAACCCACUUUUAUCAUUUUUUACUCUCUGCUCUUCCGCAAGAUCACAACAACAUAUAUGAUCUUCCGCAAGAGCAUGCUCAAGGGUCUCACCAUUCUAUUAUUUAAUUUAAACACUUCAAUUACUAAAA